AUGGCAUUUAAUCCAUUUUUAAGUAUCAACGAGCCGACGGCUGCAGUAACUACCGAUGAUCUUAAUCCAUUCAUGAUGGCAGACACCAAUGUUGAAACGUUUGUAGCCGCCGAAAAUCCAUUUGCAGCAAGUAAUCCUUUCUCAGACUUCGGUGUAGAUUAUGAGCCACCGGCUGGUGACACAGUUCCUAUGAAUAUUUUCGGUGGCGUUGAGGCUGCCAGCAUAGGCGCCAAGCAAUUUGAUGAUACGCCGUCAAUGAACAUAUUUGGCAAUACGCAAACUAAUACUGAGCGCAUAGAAAAGCCUACCGAACUAGACCUAAUUCCUCCAAUAGUCGAUUGUACUUUUUCUGAAGAUGACAGCAGCAGGCACCAGCCACCAACAAGACCCUUACCUCCUGAGACGCAAAAUUUAAUUUUGAGUGUAACUGGCCAAAUGGAGUUCACAAGCUCUGACUUGCUCGAUCGCAUUCCACCAACUCGCACUCCAAGUCCAGUGUCUGUGCGAGAUAUACAUUCACCGAGUCCAACACCUGAACCGGACAUGCUAGCAGAACCUGCAGUACCAGAUUCACUAGACAUAAAUCGAAAUAAGCCUGCGCGUCCCCCACCCGCUCGUCCACCGCGACCUGCGCCGCCUCCGAGACCUCAACAGCCUCCUCAGCAACCACCUCAGCAACCUUCUCAACCGGUUGUCGACGACAUCAAUCUUUUUGAUGCUCCAGUACCCGUGACAGUUAAGCCAACAAAGGAAGCAAUCCUUAGUCUUUAUUCCGCUCCUAAAAAAGAAGAGAAACAAAUAGAUUUUUUGAGUGAUGAUAUUCCAGAUUUUCAAUCUUCUGAAGUUGAGAUGAUCCCACCAAACGUUCAAGAGCCAGCUGCGACCAUGGACUCUUCUAAUAUAUUUUUUACAGAACAACCUGCAGCCAAAAAUGAUACACAACCAUCCGUAGCCAACUCGGAAUUAAAUCCGCCCGAGGAGGUACCAAUGGAUUGUUCAGAACCUCCCACAGAAUUUAAUACAACAUCUUUAAAUGCAUCUCCAUUUGCUGAUAUAACUGAUAAUGAUGACUCUCAUAACGGGAAAAGUGAUCAAAUUACCCAUGAAAGUAAUCCCUUUGAAACCAAAGUUACCGAAGAUAAUAAUGUGUUCAAUACGGAAAAAACGGAAAUGUUGGCAGACUCUUCACAGCCAGAAUAUACAGAAUCUCCAUUUUCGAUGCAGAACGAUGCUUUUGAAUCAGCACCAACAGAAAUACAAUCAGAAAAUAUAUUUACAUCAGAGCCAUCGAACGUAUUCCAGGAGCCAACAGUUACAAGUACAAAUAUUUUUGGCGAUAAUCAAACUCAUUUAGUAUCACAGAUGCAAUCUGCAACAGCCACUGACGAUUGGAAUACAAUUCCAAGUGAGAAUUUGGCACAAGACGCUUUUGCUGGAUCUCAAGAUGCCUUUGCUGGAUCUCAAGAUGCCUUUGCUGGGUCUCAAGAUGCCUUUGCUGGAUCUAAAGAUGCUUUUGCUGAAUCCCAAGGGGGAUUUCCAGAAUCUCAAGAUGCCUUUGACGCUUUUUCUGCAAAAUUUGACUCUGCUGGCGGAAAUCAAAUGAACACGGACGCAUGGGGAGAUGACGGGAGCUCGGACGCGGGCCCGGCCGGCUUCGAGGCGGAGGCGUUCGACCCGUUCCUCAGCAUGGGCGCGCCGCCGCCCCCCGCUGCUACUCCCCGCCUCGAUCACCAGGCCUCCAAGGACUCCAUCGACGACACCUUCUCAGUAUUUAUCAAACCGAAAGAGAGCGACGCCGGCGGUCAGGACGUAGCGGUGCCGGUGCUGGCGCCCCCGCCGCGCCCGCAGGUGCUUCCGGACUCCCCGCGCGUCAAUCCCUUCGACAAAUCCGGAGGCGAACCGACACAUGAGAGUUACGAACCCGAAAAAGGCGAGACGCGCGGCAGCGGCGGCGAGACGCCGCCCACGCCGCUGUUCGACGACGACGUGUCGGUGCCGCUGGAGGACUUCCCGCGCAUCAAGUACGACGGCCCGGGCUGGGAGAUGCACCUGCGCCAGCCCAACAAGAAGAAGAUCACCGGGCAGAGGUUCUGGAAGAAGAUCUUCGUGCGGCUGGUGUACCAGGGCGACACGCCGGCGGUGCAGCUGCUGAACUCGGCGACCGACAAGGAGCCGAUCCAGGAGCUGCCGCUGCAGGCGUGCUACUCAGUCUCCGACAUCGGCGCGCAGCAGUUCGACCAGUUCGGCAAGAUCUUCACCGUCAAACUUCAGUACAUCUUCUACAAGGAGCGGCCGGGAGUGCGGCCGGGUCAGGUGACGAAGGCGGAGCGCAUCACGAACAAGCUGUCGCAGUUCGCGGCGUACGCGAUCCAGGGCGACUACCAGGGGGUGAAGGAGUUCGGCUCCGACCUGCGCAAGCUCGGCCUGCCUGUCGAGCACGCGCCGCAGGUGUCGCAGCUGUUCAAGGUGGGGUCGCUGAGCUACGAGGACGUGAAGCAGUUCAGCAGCCUGGUGGAGGAAGCGCUGUUCCGCAUCCCCGUGCACCGCGACCGCGCGCUCACCUACAAGAUGGAGGAGGUCCAGAUCACGGCGGUGGACGAGCUGUACGUGGAGCAGGACGCGGAAGGCGCUGUGCUCAAGCAGAUCGCGCGCGUCAGACUCUUCUUUCUCGCCUUCCUCAGCGGCAUGCCGGACGUGGAGCUGGGGGUGAACGACCUGCGGCGGCAGGGGCGCGAGGUGGUCGGCCGUCAUGACAUCAUCCCCGUCGUCACCGAGGAGUGGAUCCGCGUAGAGGCGCCCGAGUUCCACGCCUGCGUCAGCCCCCAGGACUUCCACGACUCGCAGAUCAUCAAGUUCAAGCCGCCGGACGCGUGCUACAUCGAGCUGCUGCGGUUCCGCGUGCGGCCGCCGCGCAACCGCGAGCUGCCGCUGCAGCUGAAGGCGGUGUGGUGCGUGACCGGCAACCGCGUGGAGCUGCGCGCCGACGUGCUGGUGCCGGGCUUCACCUCGCGCCGCCUCGGCCAGGUGCCCUGCGAGGACGUCGCCAUCCGCUUCGAGAUCCCCGAGUGCUGGAUCUACCUCUUCCGCGUCGAGAAACACUUCCGAUACGGCUCCGUCAAGUCCGCGCACAGGCGCACGGGCAAGAUCAAGGGCAUCGAGCGGUUCCUGGGCGCAGUGGACACGCUGCAGGAGUCGCUGAUCGAGGUGACGUCGGGGCAGGCCAAGUACGAGCACCAGCACCGCGCCAUCGUGUGGCGCAUGCCGCGCCUGCCCAAGGAGGGACAAGGCGCGUACACGACGCACAACCUGGUAUGCCGCAUGGCGCUGACGUCGUAUGACCAGGUGCCGGCGGAGCUGGCGCGCUGGGCGCACGUGGAGUUCACGAUGCCCGCCACCGCCGUCAGCCACGUCACCGUGCGCUCCGUCAGCCUCCAGAACUACGACAACGACCCACCGGAGAAAUACGUGCGGUACCUCGCCCGCCACGAGUACAAGGUCGGCAUCGAGCGCACGACGGGUCAGUCGGUGGCGGCGUACUCGCUGGCUGCGGCCAAGACCGACCCCGCCCCCGCGCCCGCCCCCGCCCCCGCGCCCGUCGCCGCGCCCCCCUCCUCCGACUCCGACUCCGAUUAGGUCGGAUCGGCGACCUCUGUACAUAACCUCCGACGCUGUAGUCGCUUCGGAUUUCGUACUCUUCGACUGCGACGCGAAUGUGACCCUACACGAUCACUGUCGCUUCGCACGAAACUGGGAAAACUCGAAACUCCAAAAGAAGCCGGGCGUAACGCGCUCGAGUUUCACAGUGGUAGUGUACAGUCGCGUUCACGAAUUAUCCUUUCCUGUCGCUAUAAAAUAAUGAUAUUAAUUAUAAUAUAUGAAAUAAUUCAUACUACAUUAUACGUUGUAGGUAAUACGAUCACGACACUAGCGGUCACUAGGCGGCCGCGAGAGGCCUACCGAGCUUGUCAAACUCGACCUCUAUAUUUUUGUAUGUAGUCGGAGUGCAAUAUCACGUAGUCGUAAGUAAAGUUAUAUGAGCAUGUACGUGAAAAGCGCUCGUAGUGGUUUACAUGACUUUCACCGAAUCGGGCGCCGAAGCUCCGGGUACCCGACCGAAGCUUCCGCGGCCGAUUUCGCGAGGCGUUAUAUACGAGUAAUGUUGUAAAUAAAUAAUACUGUUAGUCGACGGUCGGACGGACGACCCCGCCGCGUCCGCGAUACUCAUACUAUAAUAUCAUAGCUAGCGUAGUGUAUGUCGUGCGCCGUUCUCGUUACGUAUCGUCCUAUAGUCUAUGGCGAUCUAUCUCUAGGAUAAUCCGGUCAUUGGUUGCGACGUUCAUGGUCCAAUUGUAAAAUAAUCAAAUAUUUAUAUUGCGUUGUUGAAGUGUUCGAGAUGUAUAAUACCUUAUAGCUUUCUGUCACUCGUGUACCUCUACGCGACCUCCUCCGAGGUGUUCUCCAUUUAAAGUUCUAUGUACGACGUAUUCAUUUGGCGAGUGUCGUUAGAGCGCUACAUGACACCAUAAUGUUAACAUUAGAGUAAGUACCUAUCCCGCGCCGCUCGGUGGUCGCCGUCGG